AUGACGACUUAUGUUCUUUACAGUCCUGACGGUGCAAUCGACGAAUUCUUCAACUCGAACACUACUGUCACUAGACAGCAAUGUGAUGAAUUCGCCAUUUCUCGCGCAGGUGGUGUUUCCACUGCUUUACAGAUGCAAGGAGUGUGCAGCUAUACCGUGGCAGCGGGGCCCAAUAACAAGUCUAAGCUCUUCCAGUUCAGAGAUGAGGAUUCUAUCAUUAAUAUGGGAAACAUUUCCCUUGCUAAAGCAAUCCAUCCCGAAUUUGUGGCUAGCUGCCAGUAUCUCGGGACACUGGGCGAUACGCGGCCGGUCUAUAUCUACGAGAUGGAGUAUCUUCCUGGGACUGCUCACAUAAUGGCGCGUAUUCCUUCAGAAAAUAUGUCCCGACAGCGUAACACUAUCAAGGACUUUGCAAGGAAGAAUAGGUUCUUUGCACAGUCAUGGAACAACGACCUACGGCCAUGCUCAGAUGUAACUACGACAUUGCUUAUGGAGUUUCAAUCAAGCUUUGACCUUCUUGCUCGAAACCUACCAUCUCGUUUUACACUUAACUUGGAAAUAGUUCGCAGGGAGCUCCCGUCUAUCUUUUCAACAGCCCUCCCCUUUGUUCUUAGCCACGGUGACCUUAACAUGAUGAAUCUCCUCGUUAAUCCUGACACCGGAAACAUCACAGGGAUUGUCGACUGGGCUGAAUCCAGGAUUCUGCCGUUCGGCUUCGCGCUAUACGGGCUUGAGGACCUUUUAGGCUGGAUGGAUUCCGAAGGGUGGCACUACUACGAUCACUACCGUGAACUCGAGAGCCUCUUCUGGCAAACCUUUCGAGAGGAGGCUCAUAAUUUCUCGGACGCUAGUUUGCAUUUGAUCCGCGCCGCGAGAAUGGCUGGAUUGUUCUACCGUUACGGAUUUAAUUUUGACACGAAAGGCGUAGUGCAA